UGACAAACACACACUGCUGUCGGAUCAUGUUCCCUGAUACUCCACGUUCCCACACAACCCUCUGGUGUUUACGUUAGUGGAUCAGAGCGGCUCAGCUGAGAGGAUAAAGUCAGAUGGAGAGUUACGAGUCACUGGGUCCAGUCGGGGAGGGCAGCUACGGCACUGUGCUCAAGUGUCGCCACCGGGAAUCUGGUCGCCUUGUCGCCAUCAAGAAAUUUAUGGACUCUGAUGAGGAUAAGACGGUGAAGAAGAUCGCACUCAGGGAAAUAAAGCUUCUCAGGCAACUCCGUCAUGACAACCUGGUGAAUCUGCUUAUGGUGUGGAAGCGUCGCCGUCGCUGGUAUCUGGUCUUCGAGUUUGUGGAUCGAACACUUUUGGAGGAUUUGGAACAAAACCCAAAUGGUUUGGACCUCAACACAUGCCGACAGUACAUGUUCCAGAUCCUGAGAGCUGCCACAUUUUGCCACCAACAGAAUGUCAUCCACCGUGACAUCAAACCCGAGAACAUCCUCAUCUCUCAGGAGGGUGUGGUCAAACUGUGUGAUUUUGGCUUUGCUCGAACCAUUGCAUCGCCAUCUGAAGUCUACACCGACUACGUAGCUACUCGAUGGUAUAGAGCCCCCGAACUGCUGGUGGGAGACAUCAAGUAUGGCAAACCUGUAGAUGUUUGGGCUCUGGGUUGUCUGUUGAUAGAAGUAUUAACGGGACAGCCUCUGUUUCCUGGAGACUCGGACCUUGACCAAAUAUACCACAUCGUCAAGUGCUUUGGUAACCUGGUGACUCAUCAUCAGGAGCUAUUCUACAGAAAUCCCAUAUUUUCUGGAGUCAAGCUGCCUGAGAGUUCAAGCACAGUCCCACUUCAGCAGCGAUUCCCCUCAAUCACUCAAAAUGCCCUGGAUGUGGCUCAGAGGUGUCUAGAGAUGGACCCAGAAGGACGAGCUCAGUGUUCAGAGCUUUUAGAUCAUCUUUUCUUCACUCAAGACUCUUUCCACAUCAGGUGUGGUGAUAAGCCACAGCAACAUGGAGGCGCUUAUGAUCGAGAGGUCCAGAAGUUUACAACAGGUCAUGUGACAGGGUCUUUCACCUGUCAGGUACCAGAACACAGACUGAUGAGUGAAAAGGCCAAAAACAAGCCACAUGUUCAUUUUCCGGAUGUAAGAGGUUCAGCACUGCCAGACCUCAAAGAAGGUAAACCCAACAAAGCUUCUAUCAGAAACGUGAGGAAAGAGACAAACCCAGUUUCAUCGAGUUUGGUGUCAGACGUCCAACAGCAACAAGGACCUAACAUCAACACAAACACACCACAAAAAUGAAAGAAAAACCUUUGUUAAAGUAAAAAAUCUCAAGUUGUGAAUAUAACAAAUAUUGAAAACUACAUCAAAGUUUUAUGUUUUGUGUGAUUUUUACUGAUUUAUAGUGUCAAAUUGUACUUUUUAUCUGAACAGUUAGUUCAUGGACAGUUUAAAGUCCUUAAUAUGUAUUAUAACAGUUUUAAAUUUGGUUACAUCAAAUUCGUAACAUGAUGCAAAUAUCUUUGAAAAAUAUCAGGAAUAAAGAUGCUUUGAAAUCUUUUUUAUUUUUGCAUUCAAACACACAAAGUGCAUCUAAAUUUAUUCCACAAAAUAACUGAGUCUAAAAUGUACUGAUAAUUUAAAUCUAGGACUCAUCACUGGAUUCGUCAGAGGAAACAGAGCUGACUCUCCAGACUGCUGCUGAUUCAUCGCUGCUGGAUGACACUCCGAGGUCUCCCAUUGGCUGAGAAGUAGCCACAGGUUGCCCCCUAUUGGCCAGCAAGUAGUAGAGCAGGUUUUGGACCGCUGUGUUAUGCUGGUUGGUGAUUGGUUCUUUUAAAAAUGGUUGUGUUGUGAUUGGUGCGUUGGUUGCUGGUUUCCAUGGUGAUGACUGGACAGUUGGCUUUUGGGUCGUUGUGACCACUGGCUGUAAGAUAACACAGACAGAAAAAGGUUUAAGCUGUGCGUACACUGUGUGAUUUCCAUUUUGACCUGAUUUUCAACUUGUGUCACAAACUCUGAUGUUGGGCUGAGUUGUAAAGUUGCAUUGUGUCGUCUACACAGUGUUAACAAGAAGCAACUAACACCCCAUGACAAGCUCUUGACUGGCAAUAGUGUGGCUGCAAGAAAAUCAAACAUGUUUGAAAUUCAUAAAGCAGCGCCACAAACCAAGUCUACCUGAACUUCCUACACAGCGUGUGCGCCAACAUGUCUGUCGGGCCAUUUCCUUGUCUAUACAUGUUGUCUCUUUUUCUUUUUACACUUUUCUCUGCCCAGAAUGGCCAGGAUUGUCAAGGAAGUGCAUUUGUUUAGGUUGAAUAAUUUCUCAUUUUCAGGUGAGUGUCUCCAUAAUAAUUUCAGUGGUUACAUUAAACAGAAACAGAUCCCCGAAUCUCGUUUUACCCCCUACAUGCCAUUCAUUCUGCUUCCACCACCCAUAAACCCCUGAUGUCCUCUGACACUAUGAAAAGCCUCAAGGACAACAGCCUCAUCUCUUCCUGUUUAUUCUUAACCCCUUAACACCUGAAUUUGUUUUCAAUUAUGAAAAUUGUUUUCACUUGUGGAUUUUCUUUCAGGUACAUGCAGUAUUUUGGUUGCGUUUGGAGUGAAUGCAGGUUUAAUGCAAACUUCAGUUCACUCUCAAGGUGGAUGCCUCGGACACAGGAGUCGGGGCUGUGCUCUCCCAGGUUUCCACCACAGAUCAUCGACUCCACCCAUGUGCCUUUUUCUCCCGCCACUUGACGCCGGCUGAGAGUUGGUAUGACGUCGGGGACAGGGAGCUGCUGGCAGUGAAGCUCGCCAUCGAGGAGUGGCUGCACUGGUUGGAGGGAGCCGAGAGACCUUUCAUUAUCUGGACGGACCAUAAGAAUCUGGUUUACCUGAAGGAGGCAAAGAGGCUCAACCCCCGUCAGUACAGUACACCCCUGACCAAGAAGCAGAACCCUCCACCAUCCUUCACCCUUCGUGCAUCGUGGGUGGAGUCACCUGGGAAUCAGAGACCAGAUGUUGGAGGCACACAAAGAUGACCCCAGUCCCAGACAUGGC